AUGUCGACACCCGUCGUCAACGGCACAACGCCCGAGACCUUCCUGCUGCCGCCCAACUGCGACCAGCAACAAUGGUGCCUGGACUGGUACGGAUAUGUUAAUUACUUGCCAAGCGUGGCAGGCAAUGCCUUCUUCCUCGCAGCAUUCAGCGUUGGCCUCAUCACGCAACUUUUCCUCGGAAUCCGCUACCGUGCCUGGACUUUCACCGGGCCUAUGCUUGUGGGCAUUAUCCUCGAGAUUGUUGGCUAUGGUGGUCGUAUUGGCAUGCAUCAGGACGUCUUUAGUGACAGCUGGUUCAUUAUGUACCUCUGCUGCCUCACAAUCGCCCCAGCUCUCUUCUCAGCGGCACUCUACCUCUCCCUCUCGCGAAUCAUCGCCAUAUACAGCAACAACCAUGCCAAACUCUCCCUCCUCGCACCACGAACCAUAACGCUCUCAUUCAUCACCUUCGAUUUCCUCUCCCUGCUCCUUCAAGCCAUAGGCGGCGCCCUCGCUUCCACCGCUUCAACACCAGAAACCCGCGACACCGGCGUCAACAUAAUGGUCGCCGGUCUCUCCACGCAAGUCGCCGCUACCACCCUCUUCGCCGUCCUCUGCCUUCACCUCAUGUACACCAUCCGCAAACGCCCGGAGCGCGUGGACAACGCCUCCACAGACAAAGUCACCCUCCGACAGUCCAAACGCUUCAAAGGCUUCCUAAUCGCAGUCGGCGUCGCAGUCAUCACAAUCCUAAUCCGCUGUGCGUUCCGUGUGGCGGAACUCUCCGAAGGCUUCAAAGGCGAGCUAGCCAACAAUGAAACCCUGUUCAUGAUCUUCGACAGCACGAUGAUGGUUAUCUGCGUCGCUGUAUUGAGCGCAGCUCACCCGGGGUGGGUGAUGGGAGGGUGGUGGAAGAUGGGCCAGGUCAGCUUUCGUGGCCGGAAGCGUGCUACUUUGGGAGGAGCAGAUGGUGUUGCAUCCGAAGGCGGGCUGGAGCAGCACGCGAACAAAGACGAGAAGAGAGGUGCUGCUGGUGCCGGAGUGAGCAGUGGGAGCACUUCGGACUCUGUUUCGUAA